UACAGCGUUUACGCAUCUUGGGGUUAGAGCAUAUGCCUUACCCUGGGCUUGCGAGGCUUGCCGCGGAGAUGGUUAGGAUUUCCGAGGAUGGUAUCCGGCAGGCAGGCGAGAUUAGGCGCAUGGCGGAGCCUGUUCCGAAGGCUGAGUAUCAGGCAGCACCGGGUGCUCCCAGAGAAGGAGGUCGUGCUGGCAGAGGACGUCGUGCUGCCGGAGGACGCCGUGCGCGUAGAAGACGCGGCGCUGCUGCUAGAGGAACUGGUGGUGGAGGACACCAUCUGGUAGAUGAGGCGGAUGAGGUCGCUCCCAUUCCAGAGGGCGUUCACGGUCUAGUCCAUCCGCAGCCGUUCCAGGCCGGUGGCAGCUCACAUGGGGACUCACCUACGUUUACGCCGGCGCUCUUACUUGCUGAGAUACCCGGGUCUUCAUCACAGCCGAGCCAGGAUGCAUACAUGGAGGAGCAUGAUAACGUUGAUUGGGUGGCGUUACGCGCUUCAUUAGCUGAUGAGCGGCCUGUGAGGAAUUUAGAGGGAGCCCGGAUUCUUGACUUCGAUGAGUUUUUGAUCCCGGAUUUGGCGCCAGCGGGUCCACCAGAGCCACCCACUCAGGCAUUUUCUCAUGGGCCUGCCGAGCCAGCGAUGUCUUCUCAUGUGACUGUCGAGCCACAUGAUUCGGCGCCAGUGGGUCCACAGGAGCUGCCCAUUCCAGAGCAUUCUCAUCAGCCUGCCGAGGCAGAGGUGUCUUCUCAUGAGACUACCGAGGCGCAUCAUGUCGUCCAGGAGACUACCUCAUAUUCACCACCACACCCAUCUCAGGAGCCUACAGACCCAUCUCAGGAGCCUACUCAGGCGCCCGUUGACACAUAGGUUCAUCCUUCGGCGCCUGCGGUGGCGACUCCCGACGAAGAAGAGGUCGAGUUUCCAGACUCAGCUCAGCCUGAGGUUCUGAGCGUGCCAGCGGGAACAGAUCCCAAGAAGAAGCACGUUCUAGUUAAGGGCGCAAGGGCUAGGGGAAGAGGAGAUGAUCAUGGCUUGAAGUGCCCGUUUAUUAAGAGGAAGAAGGGCGAUGAGACGAUGGCGAGGGCGGUGGGGAUGGUAUGAGCCUUAGGCCUAGGGAUAGUCUCCGGCAUACUACAUGUGGGACCCAUCCUCGAUAGUGUAUAUACAUUAGUCUUGUACAAUUUAUCGUAAAUACUAUCUAUUUUUUGCAUAUUUAUAAAUAUUAUCUUAGUCUUUAUUAUUGUUUAUAGUUUCACAUCCUAAAUUGAUAAUAAAAAAAAAAACGUGACACAUUCGAAAUAAAGUUAAGCAUUAAUUUAAAACUAAGACGAAACCCUAAAAGAUAAAUAACGUAAAGCUAAUGACUGCAAGUUUUCAAACAAAAAAGGACUUUGAGCACUUUUCAACCCCUAAAAUGACAAUCCAAAGUAUUGCGUAUUCUUGAUGUGUUGAGCCUGUUUUAUUAAUUGUACAAAUAUAACUAGAGUUCUAUAUAAAAUAUUGAAGUUCCGGAAUC